GAGUCGACUUCAGCUCAGAGUUGCACUAGGUCCUGUGGUCAGAACUGGGCGAGUACACAGUGAGAAGCGAGUUCUAUAGAGGUGACCCGACCUCGGUUAGCAGGAAGGGAGGGAGGAAGGAAGGAAGGAAGCGAGGGAGGGGAAGCGAAGGGAAGGGAAGGAAGAAGAAAGCAAGCAAGCAGGCAGACAGGCGAGGGGAGAGAGGGGAGGAGCACGAGAGGAGAAGGAGAAACGAUGUCUUUUGUUGUUGUUGCGGGUAAGGGGAGGGGGAGGGGGGCAGAGAGAGGGGAGCUCUCGACGCCAUAGCCAGAGAAUCGGAGAAGCGGUCAAUAGAAGGGAAGUGUAGAGGAGUAGGAAGGCAGAGUAGUGGAAGAUGGCGACGCAGGCUGUCGUUGCGCAUAAUUUGUAUGAGGCAGCGACGCAAGCGCACGAAGACGCCUACACGUUUUUGGAGUUUAACACACAGGGAGAUGAUUUUGAUUACCCGGAGUUUACAGAGCUGAGCCAACCUGCAAGGCCGUCCGUGUGGACCGAUGGGUCGGUGCUUUCGGUUGCAGGGGAGAACUCAGACCUGGUGGGAGGGCAAAGUGAGCUCAUAAAGUCUGUAGGAGAUGUGGUCGUGGAAUCGAAGCCGAGUAGUCAGACCACUGUCGGAGCAUUAGCUUCAGGAAUAGGCGAGUUGAGUUUUGAUGAUCCGGGGGACGAUGACAUACACGACUUUUCGAAGAGAGAUCUUCCUGAACAUGCGUGUAAAUAUUGCGGGAUUCACAAUCCAGCGUGCAUAGUUCGGUGCAACGUUCCCUCAUGCAGAAAGUGGUUUUGCAAUUCGCGUGGAAAUACAUCGGGCUCACAUAUUGUUAACCAUUUGGUCCGUGCCAAACACAAGGAGGUGUGCCUUCAUAAAGAUAGCCCACUCGGAGAAACAAUUCUAGAGUGCUACAAUUGCGGAUGUCGAAACGUCUUCUUGUUAGGGUUUAUACCGGCCAAGUCAGAGAGCGUUGUGGUGUUACUCUGUCGGGAGCCGUGCUUGAGCGUAAACGGGUUGAAGGAUAUGAAUUGGGAUCUUAGUUCCUGGUUACCCCUUAUUGAUGAUCGAUGCUUUCUCGAAUGGCUGGUCAAGGUUCCGUCAGAACAGGAACAACUUAGGGCUCGACAAAUAAGCGCUCAGCAAAUUAAUAAGGUAGAGGAGCUCUGGAAGACUAGCCCUGAAGCCACAUUGGAAGACUUGGAGAAGCCCGGUGUAGAUGAUGAACCACUUCCUGUUGCUCUAAAGUACGAAGACGCAUACCAGUACCAAAACAUUUUUGGACCUUUAGUUAAGCUGGAAGCUGAUUAUGACAAGAUGAUGAAAGAAUCACAAAGCAAGGAUAAUAUCACUGUUCGCUGGGACAUUGGUCUAAACAAGAAACGCGUCGCCUACUUUGUUUUCCCAAAGGAAGACAAUGAACUACGCCUAGUACCCGGUGAUGAACUACGGUUACGUUACCCGGGAGAUUCCACACAUUCUGCCUGGCAGUCAGUCGGCCAUGUGAUCAAAUUAACCGCUCAAGAGGAGGUUGCCCUCGAGCUUCGUGCCAGCCAGGGUGUGCCUAUUGACGUGAAUCACAACUUCAGCGUGGACUUCGUAUGGAAGAGUACUAGUUUCGACCGGAUGCAGGCUGCGAUGAAGACAUUUGCUGUUGACGAGACCAGUGUCAGUGGGUAUAUAUACCAUCGCCUCUUGGGACACGAAGUAGAGCUACAAACAGUUCGCAAUACUCUACCUCGCCGAUUCGGAGCUCCUGGACUACCUGAAUUGAAUGCUUCUCAGGUCUACGCCGUGAAGAGUGUCCUUCAAAAGCCAGUGAGUUUGAUCCAGGGUCCUCCAGGGACAGGAAAGACCGUUACGUCUGCGGCGAUUGUCUACCAUCUUGCGAAGCAGGGGCAGGGCCAGGUUUUGGUAUGUGCCCCUAGUAAUGUGGCAGUGGAUCAACUUGCUGAGAAAAUCAGUGCCACGGGCUUGAAGGUUGUCAGAUUAUGUGCUAAAUCGAGGGAAGCUGUUAGCUCCCCGGUCGAGCACCUAACUUUGCACUACCAGGUGAGGCAUCUGGACACCUCUGACAAGAGUGAGCUUCACAAGCUUCAACUUCUCAAGGAUGAACAAGGUGAACUUUCAAGCGCCGAUGAGAAGAAAUACAAGGCAUUGAAGCGAGCCACAGAGCGAGAAAUUGCUCAAAGUGCAGAUGUAAUAUGUUGCACUUGUGUUGGUGCUGGUGAUCCCCGAUUAUCCAACUUUCGGUUUCGUCAGGUGUUGAUCGAUGAGUCAACCCAAGCGACAGAACCCGAAUGUUCAAUUCCUCUAGUACUUGGAUGCAAGCAGGUGGUGCUGGUAGGAGAUCACUGCCAACUUGGCCCGGUGAUCAUGUGUAAGAAAGCAGCUCGCGCUGGUCUCUCUCAGUCUCUUUUUGAGCGUCUUGUUCUGCUCGGAGUUAAGCCCAUUCGAUUGCAGGUGCAAUAUCGCAUGCAUCCAUGCCUGUCUGAGUUCCCGUCGAACAAUUUCUAUGAGGGGACGUUGCAGAAUGGUGUAACAAUGAAUCAGAGAUUGUCACAAGGCAUUGAUUUUCCCUGGCCGGUACCCAACAGGCCUAUGUUUUUCUACGUGCAGAUGGGACAAGAGGAAAUAAGUGCUAGUGGCACAUCUUAUUUGAAUCGAACGGAGUCUGCGAAUGUCGAGAAGAUUGUUACUACGUUUUUGAAAAGUGGAGUCAAUCCUAGUCAGAUUGGAGUCAUCACUCCAUAUGAAGGCCAGCGAGCUUACAUUGUGAAUCACAUGGCAAGGAAUGGUUCCCUUCGGCAGCAGUUAUAUAAGGAGAUUGAGGUAGCAAGUGUAGAUUCAUUCCAAGGUCGAGAGAAGGAUUACAUCAUUCUCUCUUGUGUGAGAAGCAACGAGCAUCAGGGUAUCGGCUUCCUCAAUGAUCCUCGGAGGCUGAACGUGGCACUCACUAGGGCUCGGUACGGAAUAGUAAUCUUAGGAAAUCCUAAAGUGCUCAGCAAACAGCCUCUAUGGAACAGUUUGUUGACCCAUUACAAGGAGCAUGAGUGUCUAGUCGAAGGUGCUCUCAACAACUUGAAGCAGAGUAUGGUGCAGUUUCAGAAGCCAAAGAAGAUCUAUAACGAUCGUCGUGUUUAUCCGGGUGGUGGCCCUGCAAGUGGUUCGGGAGAUGGCUUUGUGCCUGUGCCAACUGCAAGUGCUGCUUCGGGAACUGGUUUUCAUGACAGGCGAAGCAGCCGUGGAAGAGUAGUGGAUGGACGAAAUGGAACUGGAUACAUGAACUUUGGAGGUAUGACGAAUGGGGUUCACAAGUCAGGUGUUCCACAUCAUGGUGGUCUUACUCCCUCGCGCAUACCGCUUCCAGCGUUUCCUGGUGCGCCACACACUCAACCGUAUGCUAUACCAUCUCGGGGAGGCGUGCACGGGCCUAUCGGGGCAGUACCACAAGGUCCUCAGGCUGGCAGUAGAGGCUUUGGUGCUGGUCGCGGAAGUGCCGGAGGUCCCAUUGGAGGUCACCUUCCCCAUCACCAGGCUUCACAGUCACAUGGUACAAUCAAUGCAGGCUUCUCGUUCGCAAAUAUUGAAAAUCCUGCCACACAGCCUUCUGUUGGCGGACCUCUACUGCAGCAAGGUUUGAUGACACAGACACAGUCUCAAGGCCUUAGCCAAAAUCUCCGAGAUGGGUUUUCUCUCGGCAUGUCACAGGAUUUUCUGGGCGACGAUUUCAAGUCGCAGGGCUCGCAUGUCGCCUACACUGGACCUGAAUUUUCUACUCAGGCAUCUCAAGGUGGAUAUGAGUACGUCACACAGGGGAGCCAAGGUACUUAUUCUGGCGAUUUUAUGAAUCAAAACUCGCAAGGUGGCUAUCAGCACGGUACAACUGGUAGUGACUUUAUUUCACAGGAUUUCAUUCCGCAUGGAUCUCAAGGACUAUUUACACAGGUCGGGUACAACGAUCGUACACAGGAUGGGCCAUCUACGCAAGCACAUUAUGGGCUCGGUGGACCGCUUCAGUCGCAGGGUAUAAUGGGACCUCUGUAUUCCCAGCCAUUCACCCAGUAUACGCAGCCGCUGACUCAGCAGCAACAGCAGCAGCAGCAGCAGACAUCACAGCAUCAGCGGCGUCACUACAAUGGCUAACGCUUUUCUGAAAGGAUGGUGAUUGCAUGACUCUGGUCAAGAAUCCUGGGGAGUGAAAGAGCAUAGCUAUCUCUCUCUUGGGGCCUACAAUCUCGUAUGUACAGGUUCAACAUGAUGUCAGUGCACUGGUUGUGUGGGCCAGGGGAGAGUCGAAAGUUUGAGUAGCAUGGAGUUACUAAGUUUUGGCCACGUGAAAAGUUCGUCCGCAAAGAGUACUGUGUGGGAACUGAUUCCGAGAUUCUUACGGGCGACUAGGGCUGGCCGAGGAAUCACUUGCAUCAGUGCCUACAGGAUCAUUGACGUCCUCUGCAGGGACCUUAUUAUGUACAAAGGAUGUGCUUCUCUUGUUUCAAGAGCACAAGCUGGUGAACAAUGAGCUUCUCAAGGUGGCAAUCGCAGUCUGACUAGGAAGUUGAUACAACUCAGGCUGUUCAUUCUUGGGCAGCCUCUCUAUGCUUUGUAGCCACAUCUUUCAGAGCACGAAAUCGUCUUCACCAAGAAUGUCCUCCUUAAGUCUUCUCUGUGGACUUCGGUCCUCCUGCCCUCACAACCAUCUCCUUCAGUAUCACUGGAAAUUACAUGCACAUACCCUCCAUGUCGGAGAUUCAGUGGAGGGUUGUAUUACAUUCCAGCUAUUGCAAAGCAUCGUGAAAGACCGCCAGAGAUGGGCCCUCUCUGGCUUGAUUCUGGAGCACAUCUGUUGCUGAGCUUGUUGGACAGUGGUUCGUGCAGUGGAUCUCUUAAGAGGAUCAAAGCAAGUGUUGUUCUUCUAAGGUCGAGUGUCUACUUGUAGGGAGAGGAUAGUAGUGGAGCUCCCAAAUACAGUAUUAUGAUCACGUGGGUGAAGAAGCCGAAGGUUUUGUCAGCACGCUCAUUUUGCUCUUCGUGAAAGACGCCUUGGGAGCACAUGGCCUGCAGCUUAUGCUGAGGGUAUUGGCUAAAGUUGUAACAUGUGAUCUUUUCUUUCUUGGAACUACUUCUACAUAUGGGGCAACUGCAAGUUCCAGUAGUUCUUUCUUUUCGAUUAGUAUUUCUCACUUGAACUUGAAUUGUUGUAGCACCUGUCCAUUUUCCUACCGUAGUGUCCCUUCGCUUUUCCCUAGUUCUUUGUAUGCCGAAUCAGUGUUGCUGCGGAAUACUAAGCCAAUCUACAAGCAAGAAAUCUGCAGUUUCGAAUGGUAUCCAUCUUUAGAACGCCUUACGAGGCUUAUCAGACAAGCAUCAGACUAUGUCGUCAUGACUUUGCACAGGUUGUCUUGGAAUUUGAAAACGAAAACUUUUGUGUUAAC